AUGUCUAUCCCUUUACCUGAUCUGCCCCUUUCUAUCGCUACGCCUGCUCUUGCCACCACACUCGCAUACCUGAACGCGAAAUACUCACUGUUCUAUGAUGUGACAUUAAUCGGGGGCUUGAUCAAGUCCAUUUUUAAGUCUCGCUUGGCCGAGCGUCGUGACCAUCUAAACCUCUUCUAUGUACUGGAGCAGCAUGCCCUGGCCCCGGCGACCAAGGACAACCAGUUCAUUGUCUACAACGGCCGUGCCUGGACCUUUCAUGAAACCUACGUCAUGGCGUUGCGGUAUGGCGCCUGGCUUAAGAAAGUUCACGGAAUCAAGCCUAAGGAAAUCGUAGCGAUGGAUUUUAUGAAUUCUUCGACCUUUGUAUUCCUCCUUCUGGGACUCUGGAGUAUCGGUGCCGUGCCCGCGUUUAUCAACUACAACUUGGCAGGGAAACCCCUGACACACUGCAUCAGAACAUCGACCGCUAGAUUAUUGGUGGUUGACGAGGAAAUCCGUGAGCAAUUUACGCCUGAGCUGAUGGAGACGCUGGGUUCACCGGAGUUCCGGGAAGGUGGUGGGUCGGUCGAGGUGGUCUUUUUCACGCCCGAAGUGGAAUCCCAAAUCGUGCAGAUGGAGGCCACGCGCGAAGAUGACAGCGUCCGAAAUGGCCCUGUCCUCCGUGACUUGGCUUUGCUCAUUUACACGAGCGGUACUACCGGCCUCCCGAAACCCGCUAUUGUCAGCUGGAGGAAGUGCUGGUCUGGCAGCAUUUUUGUCACUCAUUGGUUGGGGUUGGCUAAGAAUGAUCGUUUCUUCACAUGCAUGCCGCUUUACCACUCAUCCGCCUCUAUCCUGGGGUUCAUAACUUGUUUGAUGAGCGGAUCAACCCUGAUCAUCGGCCGCAAGUUCUCCGCUAGAAACUUCUGGCGAGAAGCGCGAGAGAAUCAAGCAACGAUUGUACAGUACGUGGGUGAAACCCUGCGGUACUUGAUGGCCGUGCCGCCCGAGAUCGAUGCUGUCACUGGAGAGGACUUAGACAAGAAGCAUAAUGUGCGCGCCGUGUUCGGGAACGGCUUGCGACCUGAUAUCUGGGGCCGCUUCAAAGAGCGAUUCAACGUCGCCACGGUUGCUGAGUUUUAUUCGGCAACUGAAGGCACCAGCGGGUCCUGGAAUCUCUCUUCUAACGAUUUCACAGCAGGAGCAAUAGGGCGAAACGGCUUGCUUAGUAGGCUAAUUCUAGGAGGUGGCCUGACCGUUGUUCAGGUUGAUCAUGAAUCGCAGCAACCCUGGCGGGACCCUGAGACAGGGUUCUGUAAGGCGGUGCCACGAGGGGAGCCCGGUGAGCUAUUGUAUGCCAUCAAUGCGGCUGAUCCUGUUGAGAAUUUCCAAGGAUAUUUCAAGAACUCCAAGGCCACCGAAAGCAAGAUUGUUCGUGAUGUGUUGCGAAAGGGCGAUGCAUACUUCCGCACUGGCGAUAUGGUGCGGUGGGACACUGAAGGCAGAUGGUACUUCAACGACAGGCUGGGCGAUACCUUCCGGUGGAAGAGUGAAAAUGUGUCCACAAGUGAAGUAGCCGAAGUAUUGGGAGCACACCCAGAUGUGCAUGAAGCUAACGUCUAUGGCGUUGCGCUGCCUAAUCACGACGGACGUGCCGGCUGUGCCGCCAUUAUUCUGCAACAACAGCACCAGGCUACCGACCCAUCGGUGCUUCUUCCCCCCACCCAAGAGACCCUGAGCAGUCUUGCAGCUCACGCCCUAACGAAUCUGCCUCGCUUCGCAGUUCCACUUUUCCUCCGCCUCGCGCCAGAAAUGCAGGGAACAGGAAACAACAAGCAGCAAAAGCAUGUCCUGCGAACCGAAGGCGUAGACCCGUCACUGGUCAGUCCUUCGGACAAGCUGUACUGGCUCCAAGGGGACACCUACGUGCCUUUUGAGCAGAAUGACUGGAGCCGAUUGCAGGGUGGACAGGUGAAGCUGUAA